UACGGUAAAUGUAGGCUGCGGAGCCUCGCUGUGUCCGACAGACCGGGAGUUCCACUGGAAGACACUGCGCCGGACAGGUCUCAGAUGUUAUCCUUUUUUCUGAGCCACAGACAACAUCCCAUCUAGUCAGGUGCAACUCCAAGGCCACCCACUCUUGGUUUUCAGUCAUCGUCUGACAAUCUUGACGUCAACCCUUUGAGAUUUGGAGAGAGGGGACCGCUCGUCUCAUCGUCCACAGUCCCAGACCAACCUAGCAGAAGGAGCAGCCCCUUCCAUUGCCCACCCUCCCCUGCUGCUAGGACCAGCAUGGCAGACAGCCGUAAGCCAGAAGAUUGUGCCCCCCAGUGGGACCCAUCAGGAGGGCAGGAGCCCACUGGCACCCAAGGAGCCAAUGGCUAUUCUUCCUCAGCGUACCGGACUUGUCAGACUGGUGGAGCACACAUGGCCACGGCCUCCUACACUGCCAGGGAAAAUGGCUUCAAUGGGGAGUUCACUGGUGCCCACGCUAUAACUGCAGAGCAAGUGUCCGCACGGAUUGUGCAAGAAGUAACGGCAGAGGCAGUGGCCGUGCUGAAAGGUGAACAGGAGACUCAAAGGCUGCCAUCAGUUGAAGACACCACCAAUUUGCCCCCCUCCCCUCCCCCCUCACCUGCCGCAGAGCACUUUGGCCCCCUGGAACAAGAUGUAGGGGACGAGGAGGAGGCGGGCCCUCUCCGCCGCUUCCAAAAUUCUCGGGAGAGGUGCAAGUUCCUCGCCCCCUCCAUCUCAGUUUCCGUGCCUGAGGACGACCCCUACCACUCCGACGAGGAGUACUAUGAGCACCCAUUGUUCAGCCCAGAGUGGACGCACUCUGGCUCUCGCCCCACAGGGCAGGCCGUGGCCUUUAGACAGAUUGAAGAAGAGACCAUGGAGGCUCUUACAGCUGAAUACGAGGAAGAGGUGGAAGAGGAGGAGGAGGAGGAGGAGAGUGCAGAGGCAGCAGAGUCCGAGGCAGCUCUUGAUGAGCAGCAAUGGAGUGGGGAAGAGCCUGAGCUGGACAGCCCCCAAGCUGAAACCUUAGAGCAGGCAGAGGCCAUAGACGAGGCUCAGGACCUAGACCUGGAGCCGUCCGAAGCAGUUAGUGCUGCUGCAGAAAGCUCUAUGGACAGAGAGGAAGAGGAGGAGGAGGAGGAGGAAGCAGAGGGUGAAGCGACAGGUGUGUCCUGCCCUCUGCUCUCCCUGCCUGCAUGUUACUGCAUUGCCAACUGUAUUAGAACACUAGAUGUGUCAAAAAAAAAAGGAACGCAAAAUGUGUUACAGUUGUGGGUUUUUGAGGACAGCUUUGCCUGUUUCAGUAAUAAUGGCUUUUCCAGUCUCUGCCUCAAUAUUGUAUUUUACUCGCAGCAUGCCAGAAUAUUUCCUUUCUAUGUUGAACAAAACAGCCAACUUACAGAUGUCGUUUCAGCUUUGAAGAUGGACUCAGACAAGCAGGCCAGUGGGUCCAUGAGUCCAGACAGCAUUGGAUCAGAAAAACGCCCAGAGGAGUUUUUUGAACCCCAGAUGCAAGGAUUCUUUGCUGGUGAACGAGUCGUACCGGAGAGCCCCACCAUGGAUAUGCCACCCUUUGUACCUCAAAACCAAGCCAAAGAAUCUCCCAAAUCACUCACACUUCAGCCGCUGUAUGGCGAGCCAAUCACAGUGUCAGAGAAGCAGCCGUCAGUGGAGGUGGUAGAGUUCACCAGCAUAGGUGCACCUUCUGAUUUCUCUUCAAUGGGAGUCAAAGAUCAAGGAGGAGACACGACAAAAGAAGCGACAGACAGAUCUGGCAUGUCGGCAUAUUUUGAAACAUCAGCCGCAGACCCCGCUGAGGCGCUACAGUGUAAGGGAGAGGGUUAUUAUGAACUGAGCAGAGCUGGUGAAGAGAAGACUGCAACCGAAACCCAAGAUAAAUCUGAAAAUAAGAGUACUGCAGAAGCCACUGGAGCAUUUCCACUUCCUGAGAGGAGUAAUGAAUGUAGGCUUUCUCCAGGUAAACUGGCCCUAGAGCAGAGGAGUUACUCACUUAACAUCACAAUUGGAGCAAUGGAUCAGAGUGGCCAAGGUAGAACCAAGCAUUUCUCCCCACUGGCUACAGAUAUAAUGUCAUAUACUAGUGGUAGCCUAGAUGAAUCAGCAGACUACCUCCCAGUCACUACACCCUCUGUGGAUAAGCCUCCAUCCUUCCCUCCCUUGAUCCUGGAGACUGCAGCUUCCGUCACUUCAGACUCCUCAUCUCCUCCAAGAUCGACUGAUGUAGAUUCAAAACCCAGCCCUGAACCAGAGUUGCCAGAAUCCCCUCAGCCCAAUAAUGGUACCUAUAAAAAUGGCACAGUCAUGGCUCAAGACUUGCCCGAGAUGCUGGACCUGGCUGGUACCCGUUCAAGACUGGCAUCAGAAAACACUGAUCCAGAAAUUACCCGUAGAAAAUCCAUUCAAGCUGAUAUUCCUGCUUUCGCCGAUGACCCUCUGGCAAGCCUUAUUUCAGGGGAACAAAGUCCCGGAGCCAGAAGAAGUGAAAGCCAGCUGGAAGAGAUGGGCUAUUGUGUAUUCAGUGAAUAUUCAGGGCCAAUGCCAUCCCCUGCAGAUGUGUUAAGCCCUACAAUCACUUCUACACAGGGGUUCACACACUCUGUUCUAGAGGAGAAAGUGGCUGCGCAGGCAAGGAAGUUAGCAGUCAGAGACACAUCUAUGGAGGAAACGACACAGCAGUCAGAAGCUGCUGAGGUCACUGAAGAGAAAGAUCAGACACAGGGAGACAUUGAAGGGCCAACUGAAGAAAAGAGCAAAGAGAUUGCUGAUGAUCUGUUAAAUAAAGCUGCAAAUAAUGAGGAGAAAGCACCUUCCCGUAGAAGUGAAUCAUUUGUGACACCAACAGUCACGGUGACUCUAGAGGAAGGUGGGAGGUCACUGGGUGACACUGAACGACAAGGCAGCGGUGAAGGCUCAGCGUCAGAAACUGAGAUCGCCGACUAUGAGAGGCAAAUCCGCAAAUUGGAGAUGGAAGACAGGCCUCUCAGUCUGGAAGAGGAGCGAGAAUUACAGGAGCUCCGGGAGAAGGUGAAGCUGGUCCACCAGGAGGCUUAUGAGGAAGUGGACGCUGAAGAUGUGUACCAGUUGACCGGCGUGGCCAAAGACCGCAUUGCCAGGCCCGCCAAAACUUCACCCACUUCAUCCGUGGAGAGUAUUAUCGAUGACGACAAGUUGCUCUCUCCCGUGCUCUCACCUUCUAAGGCGAAACAAAGGGAUAUUUAUGGCUCACCCAAAAGAGCACUUUCACCAGUGUUAGGAAUAAACAAAGAGGAGAAAACUAAAGAGGAAUCAGAACGAAAGUUGAGUGAAGAAGCUGAGAAGAAAAAAGAAGACAAAGAGCUAGAGACAAAAGAAAAGGAAAUGAAAGCAACAGAAGAGAGGGAAAGGAGAGAGAAAGAAGAGAGAGAAAAGGAAGAAGCAGAGAGGAUAAUGAGUGAAGAGAACGAAAGGAAGGAGAAAGAACAACAAGAGCUGGAGAUGAAAGAGAAACUGGAGAAAGAGAGAAAAGAGGAACAAGAAAAGAAAGAAAGAGAAGCGAGGGAAAGGAUCGAGCAAGAGGAGAGAGAAAAGGAGGAAAAGGACAGAUUAGAGAAAGAAUUGAGAGAGAAAGAACAAAUAGAGAGGGAGCUAAAAGAGAAGGAAGAGAAAGAGAAAUUGGAGAGGGAAUUAAAGGAGAAGGAAGAGAAAGCGAAAAUGGAGAGGGAGAUAAAAGAGAAGGAAGAGAAAGAGAAAGAAGAAAAAGAAAAAAUAGAAAUGGAACAGACACUAAAGGAAGAGAGAGAGAAAGUGGCGGAGAUGGACAAAAAUGUUCCGGACGACUCUGGAGAUUUAUCGAGACAAAUGGAUGAAAAAGCGGCCUUGACACCUGCUGAUCAGGAGCAAGAGGGAGGUGAGGGAGACAUGAUGGAGAAAGCUGGGGCAGCGGCAAUAAAGGAGAUCUCUGAAUCUCGAGCUGCCAUCGAAUCAGUGGUGACAGUUGAAGACGAUUUCAUCACCGUGGUCCAAACCAUUGAUGAAGCCGAGGAGCCAGGACACAGCAUUCGUUUUUCGGCUCCGCCGGAGGUCGAAGCGCUUUGUGUCACCGGUCACGAAGACCUAGAGGAGGAAGAGGAGGAGUCUGUUGAGUUAGCCCAGGAGGCGGACAUUGAGGCUGCCAGUCUAGAGGAAAUGGGUGAUAUCCCUGAGACGCCCGCGUCCCCUGAGAAGGAGGAGGCUCAAACCAUUGAAACAGAAGAACAGACAGAAAGCUACGAUAGAGAUGAGACCACAAUGGAUGACUCCAUCCUGGACAGCUCCUGGGUGGACACACAAGAAAUUGCAGAUGAUGAUAAGAGUUUGGUAACAGAGCAGUUUGAGCCUUUGCACAAGGUGUCCAGCCCAGUCAAAAUGACAAGCAAACAAAAGAAGAGCGAGAAACCGGAGAAGCCAAUCAAACCUAAGGCCAAGGGAGGGAGAGCUCGAGGUCGAAUCUCCACACCAGAACGCAAACCUGCGCGCAAAGAACCUAUCUGCAUCCCCAGAGAGGAAGUGAAGAAGAAAAAAGCUGUUAUAAGGAAGACAGAGCUGACCAAAAAAAUGGAGAAUCAAUCCCCAUCUAAGAGGACCGUGAUGAAACCGGCUGUCCGCGAGACUCGCUCCACCCAGCACCACUCCUGCCCCAGAAGGAGACCCACAGAGGCCCGACCAGACUGUCGUCAGCCUCUCAGUGUUGCACGACAGUCUCGUGACAGAGCAUCGGACGGUGGAUCACGGAGCCCAGACAAGAAGUCCUCCGUGCCACGUCAUGGCUCUAUACUGAGCCGCCGUGGGUACCACGACCAAGAGGAGAGUUCCACCUCCAUCACCAGCUCUGGCUCCACUGCUCCCCGCAGACCCACAUCAUUUCACACUGAGAUGAGGGCAGAGUACAGGACAGGACGAGCUCCGAGUAUGACAGUUACAGAAUCAAUACGCUCCCGCUCAGCUCGCAGCGGCCACUCCACCCCGCGCACCCCUGGCUCCACAGCCAUGACACCGGGGACUCCUCCCAGCUACUCAUCAUCAUCAAGGACUCCUGGAACCCCUCGCUCCCUCAGCUUGAUAUCCCAGGACAGGAAGGUGGCCGUGGUCCGCACCCCACCCAAAUCGCCUGCCACCACACCCAAGCAGCUUCGCAUCAUUAGCGAGCCACUGCCGGACUUCAAGAAUAUCAAGUCCAAGAUCGGCUCCACGGAGAACAUCAAGUACCAGCCCAAAGGAGGACAGGUUCUCAUCCCCAUUGUUAAGCUGGACUAUAGCCAUGUUCAGUCUAGGUGUGGGUCCUUGGACAGGCGAGGCUACUCAGCAGGAGGUGGAAACGUGCAGAUACAGAAUAAGAAGAUUGAUUUGAGCCACGUGACCUCCAAGUGUGGCUCUCUAGACAACAUCCAUCAUCGACCUGGGGGCGGACACGUGCGCAUAGAGACCGUGAAGUUGGAUUUCAAAGACAAAGCCCAAGCCAAGAUCGAGAGCCACAGGCUGGCAUUCCGAGACCAAGCUAAGGCCCGAGUGGACCACGGCGCUGACAACGUUGUCCAGUCACCGGGAUUGUCUGGAUCGGCGUCUCCCCAACGCCAGCGUGACAGUCACCUAUCCUCCUCCGGCAGUCUCAACAUGUUGGAUUCGCCGCAGUUAGCAACCUUGGCUGAGGAUGUCACUGCGGCUCUGGCCAAGCAGGGUUUGUGAACAGUGGCUCUGCUCUUUGUUGUCUGCACUCCAGACAUCGUCACGCUCAUCCACUCAAACUUUUCUGCCCACUCCUGCCACCCUGAGGCCAAGCUCAGCUAAGCCACAGCCUCUGAACACCUCCACUUCAAGAACCAUGUCUCAACUCUUCAAGUAGAGACUUGAAUUAGGAGCUAUUGUAUGUAUGGUCCUCUUAAUUUCUUGUCUAUUUUGAAUCCAACUAUGUGUUAUUUCUGAUUCCUUUUGUUGGCCUCUCUCUCUCUCUCAUUGGAUGAUGUUGCAUAGAAUAGUUCAGAUUGAUCACUGGCCACAGAUUAGGAUGAGGACCAGAGAUCAGUAUUGUGAAGACGCUACCUUGGCCAGCACACCAUGCAGCACGUGUUGUUCUUGCUCAGUAAACGUGCAUGGACGCCAAACCCCCCUAACAAACCAAGCAUCCUUACUGCAAGUCAUUCUUAUCAUCCAAUAUAUAAUAUAUUUAACAAAUAUAUAUAUUGAAACGUGUAUAAAAAAAACAACAAAAAAAACCAACAGGUCCUUUGCCAUCUAAAUGUCCUCAAAACAUUUUAAAAGGAAGUGACACGAUGGCUAUAAAAUAUUCCUGUAAAAUUGCAUUAUUGCAAAAACUAAGUCUAUGUUAUGACGCGCAUGUAUUGAUUAAAAUAUUACGAGAGGCUAUUUUGUAACUAAACAACAAUUUUAGUAAGUUAUUUCCUCAAUUAUUGGAUAAAACUCAAACCAAGUUCAUGUUUUGUAGUUAUUAGUUGUUGGUGACAGUGUCAGACAGCUGAUUUGGUGUCGCUAAGGAAUGCAGUCCUGUUGAAGAGCAUCACACCCUUGUACCUGCUCAGUAGUUCAUAAUAGAAUCCUGUUUAUACACUAGAACAAUAUUUAAUGCAGGAGUUUGUGCUGAAAGGCAAACGGCUAAGAAAGCGCUGUUGUCUUUGCAGCUGCAGAUAAUCAGCUCACACGAAUGAACCGUGCGGACGUCUCUCCCUCGUUUGAACUGGGGAGGACACUACAGUUUAGAACCUGAGAUUUAGCAGAAGAGCAGCUACUUAAAAAUCUCUGUGUGAGAGUGCGUGUGUAUGUGUGUGUGGACGCACGAUAGGUGCAGAUCACAUGCUGUUUUACCACAGAUGCUGCCAUAAUGUGGGUGUUUUGUUGCAAUAUGUUGAAGAAGAAAGUGUUUUUUUUGUUUGUUUUUUCUUGGGGAG